AACUUCCUGGUGCGCGGCCUGAUAUUGCGCAUGCGCACCACACUCCUCCCUUUUUGCUCGGGUCCUGAAAGAAGAUGGCCAAGCGCACCAAGAAGGUCGGCAUUGUCGGUAAAUAUGGGACCCGAUAUGGUGCUUCCCUAAGGAAGAUGGUCAAGAAAAUUGAGAUCAGCCAACAUGCCAAGUACACAUGUUCCUUCUGUGGAAAGACCAAAAUGAAGAGAAAGGCUGUUGGAAUCUGGCACUGUGGAUCCUGCAUGAAAAUUGUCGCUGGAGGAGCCUGGACAUACAACACCACCUCUGCUGUCACCGUGAAAUCCGCCAUCAGAAGACUGAAGGAACUGAAAGACCAGUAAAUGUAGCCUGUUUAUUUUUCUGGACAAUUCUUAAUAAAGAAUGUUCUUGUAAAAGUCAA